UCAAGCGGCGAAGACUGUCGUAAACGGGCGUCACCUGCAGUGCUGUGGCUGGUGUGGAUCAGGUUGAUCAGCUGCUGAUUGAUCAAUGCUGCUGUUUUAAUCUGCUGAUCCAGUUUCACCCUGAGGAGAUCAAUAACCUACUAAACCUGGGAGAGACCGACCCACCGAUCAGCCGCCAGCAUGUUCAAGAAAUUUGAUGAAAAGGAGAAUGUUUCGAACUGUAUUCAGCUGAAGACUUCAGUAAUCAAAGGCAUUAAGAAUCAGCUCCUCGACCAGUUUCCUGAUAUUGAUGCAUGGCUCAACCAGAUUAUGCCCAAAAAGGAUCCGGUCAAAAUCGUCAGAUGUCAUGAACACAUUGAAAUUCUGACAGUAAAUGGAGAGCUGCUCUUCUUCAGACAAAGAGAAGGACCUUUCUACCCAACACUUAGACUCCUGCACAAAUUUCCCUUCAUCCUUCCACACCAACAAGUUGAUAAAGGGGCCAUCAAGUUUGUUCUUAGUGGAGCAAAUAUAAUGUGCCCCGGGCUGACGUCACCCGGAGCCAAGCUCUACCCUGCUGAAGUCGACACAGUAGUCGCCAUAAUGGCAGAAGGUAAGCAGCAUGCGCUCUCGGUGGGAGUCAUGAAGAUGUCUGCAGACAACAUAGAGAAGGUAAACAAGGGGAUCGGGAUUGAGAAUGUUCAUUACCUCAAUGAUGGACUGUGGCACAUGAAGACGUAUAAGUGAUCAGACCUGAGAAUGUGCUGGAAUCUCUGAACUGCUGCCAUCUGUCAACACGUCUACUGCACUUCACCAAACUCAACGGCAAAUCACAAAAAGUUAUAAACUAAUGCCAUAUUGAUGCACAAAUAAAACCUGCUUUCAAGUUAUUGUAAA